UUUUCCCCCCCUUCCCUCCGCAACCAGGAGUAACAACCCAUCAUGACCAAAGACGACUCAGCCGAGCUUCCCUCCGAGGAGGCGCGCCAGCCGCUGGAGUUCCAGAGCCCCGUCCUGGAGCGGAGGAAGAAACCCAUCGUCCAUCCCUCCGCCCCUGCACCCUUGCCCAAGGACUAUGCUUUCACUUUCUUUGACCCGAAUGACCCGGCUUGCCAAGAAAUCCUCUACGACCCCAAGACCACGGUCCCGGAGCUGUUUGCCAUCAUCCGCCAGUGGGUGCCCCAGGUGCAACAUAAGAUUGAUGUGAUAGGCAGCGAGAUCCUGAAGCGCGGUUGCCAUGUGAACGACCGGGAUGGCUUGACAGACAUGACGCUGCUUCAUUACGCCUGCAAAGCCGGGGCGCACGGUGUCGGCGACCCUGCUGCUGCCGUCCGCCUCUCCAACCAGCUGCUGGCCCUGGGGGUGGAUGUGACCCUGCGUAGCCGCUGGACCAACAUGAACGCGCUGCAUUACGCCGCCUACUUUGAUGUGCCUGAGCUCAUCCGCAUCCUGCUCAAAGGCUCCAAGCCCAAAGUGCUCAACUCGACCUGCAGCGACUUCAACCACGGCACGGCGCUGCACAUCGCCGCCUCCAACCUGUGCCUGGGGGCUGUGAAGUGUCUGCUGGAGCACGGGGCCAACCCCGCUGUCAGGAACAGCAAAGGGCAGGUGCCGGCCGACGUGGUGCCUGACCCCAUGGACAUGACGCUGGACAAGGCCGAGGCCGCCAUGGUCGCCAAGGAGCUCAAACAGCUGCUGCUGGACGCCGUCCCCCUGAGCUGCAACCUGCCCAAGGUCACGCUGCCCAACUACGACAACAUCCCUGGCAACCUGAUGCUCACCUCCCUGGGCCUCAAGCUCGGGGAGCGCGUGGUGGUGGACGGACAGAAGCCUUCCUUGUCUAUCACCGGUGGUUGGAAUCUGGGCAACUCCCUGGCGUCGGUAAGGUCCUGCCUGCUCCACACCUCCGUGAACAAGCCUCUCUUCUCUGCCUUUUCCCUGCCCCUCCCUUGCAGGAUCGGCGGCCCCAAAGACUCCCAGGGAGAUAGCAGUUCGGUGAAGAAGGUGCACCAAGUCACUAUGUCACAGCCAAAGCGCAACUUCACAGCAGUCAGGACCCCAAAAGACAUCACGUCAGAAAACUCCAUCUCUAGAUUACUCUUCUGCUGUUGGUUCCCCUGGAUGCUGCGUGCAGAGAUGCAGUCCUAAGGCCUCGGCGCGCGCCUCUCCCGUCCUCCGCUCUGUCCUCUGUUCUCCAACUAACCGAAAGACUGCUCUCCCCGUUGGGCUCUCAUCUCCCCCCCUCCCGUCCCCGAGUCGCAGUUCUAGUGAACCCCAGUGCCUUGGUACCAUUGAACGUCGCCCCCUGUAGUCCGCGAGAAAGGCUGCACUAACCCCCCCCACCCCACCGCGCGUAUGCACCCCACACCCCGGGUAGACGUGACAUGGGCUCGGAAGCUCCCCUCGUUGAUUUCUCCCCAACCCCCCUCCGGGGCACAGUGGCACGAACACAAAACCUCUUUGGUACAGAUUUCCCUCUGCGGUUUGAUUGCUCUGAGCCUGACGCUCGGGGUAAGGCGGAUCCAGGAUCCCCAGAACCUGGCCCUUUGAGUUGCUCCCCAACUAAACGUAAUCUAACCUGGCCUCUCUCUACAUCUCUGUAGCAGCGUGGACAGGGUCAGGUUAUAACAUGCCGAGUAUGGAAGUAGUGAUCCUCCCCAGUUUAAGCCGCCUUUUCCUCUGGGAAUCAUGUAAUGCUCACCUUCCAGGAUCAAUGCUAUUCGAUUGCUCAGUUCCUUCCAGGGAGGAGAUCUGGCUUAUAGAAACCGGUCUCAUGCUGGACCUUAAAGAGCAGUGAGAUUUGGGGGGACCUUCCUCUCUGGAAGUAGUGCGGGCCCCCUUCUGAGAAAGCCCCCGUCCCCCGGGAUUCACUCUGGGGCCCACUGUUCAGUUACCAGGGGGAAAAUCAGUGCAUGAGUGUAUUUCUAAGGUAGAUCAGCGCUUACUGAGAUUGCUAAGCAUUCCCCUUGAGACACAACUGCUCCAAGGACCAACUGAUGUUGACUUCAAAGCUUGGAGCAGCUUGUACCGGGGUCGGGGGUCUCUUAACACGGCGGUUGUCUGGUGCUCCUCUGUCCCUCUUUCAUUCUCAUCGAUGCGUUCCCCUCGGCGCGAUCGCUCUUUAUUCGCAGGCAAACCUGCCGGGCUUUUUUCCUUUUUGAGCGGUUUAGAAAAAAUAUAUAUUUUUAAAAGAAAAUGACCCUUAAUAACUAUCUUAAAAGAAAAAUUAGCCGUGGAUGGCAUGUUGAUGUUCCCCACCGAGCCAAAGGUCUGUCUAAACGUGAACGUUGUCCUGUUGAACUCUCCCGGUUAGAGCAGUCCAGUCCCAGGCCAGUUAAAGCAGUACGAUGGAUUUAUACUGGGAUCAAGGUGCUUAUAUCAGUCUAGCGGAGAGAAAGGGGAAUAAACUAUACUGGCUACAAGACACCUUUAUCCUGGUAUAACUAAACUCUACACAGGGGUUAUAUCAGUGUAACGGUAUCAGUUAAAAAAAACACCUCUAGCCCACACGCUUGUGCCAGCACAAAAUCCGUGUGUGGAACUGGUGUAAGGGAAUGAGGUGCCCCCUUUCCAUGUGGGAAUAGCAAUCCUGGUGUAAGCACACUGAUCUUGGUAAAACUGCGUCCACACUAGAGGGGAGUUGUACCGCGUUAGCUGGUGCGGUCUAGUGAAAGGGGGACAGCGUUUGGGGGCAGGUCUCGGGAAUGCUGGGAAGCCGGAGGCAUUUGGGAUGUUGACAACCGCCUCCGAGUGGCUGCUUUUGGGAAUGGCGUAGAGCUCCCUGUCUGAGUGGCUGGGCUCGGCUACGGGCAGCAAAAGGUACUGUGGCCUGCUCUCGUCGGGGGAGAGCUACAGAUAGUUGGCUGGGUACUGCCCAAGACAGGGCGUGGGUCAUUGCUAGAAACCAGGAACAGCUGCAUAGAAUCUAUCCCUCCAUCCAUCCAUCCCACUGAAUCCUUGGAUCCAUCCGUCUUAUCCCUCCACCCAUCCUUCCUGAUCCCUCUAUCCUCAGAUCCAUCCAUCCAUUUUCUCCCUCCAUCUCUCCGUUCUUCUCCCUCUAUCCUCAGAUCUAUCCAUCCAUUCUUAUCCUUCCCUCCAUCCCCCACCGCUGCUGCCAUGUCCCCUAAUGUCACAAACUAGAAAAGCGGGAGAAAACAACUGGUCAAUCUGCUUUCUCUGGGGUGUCCUGUUAGUAAGCAGAGGUAGCCUGGUCCAGUGGUUAGAGGUGGGGAAGCCAGAACUCCUGGGUUCUAUUCCUGACACUGGGAAGGACAAGGGAAAAGGAAGCCCAGACACCUGUUCUAUUUCUGACACUAGGAAAGGUGCGCUGGGCAAAGGAAUAGAAAGCCAGGACUCCUGGGUUCUGUUCCUGGCAUUGAGAAGGAGCGUGCCACUGACACUAUGGGCAAGUCCCCGUGCCUCUGUGUGCCUCAGUUUCCCCCAGCUACAAAAUGGGGAUGAGGAUAUUGACCCACCUCACUGAGGGGUCAUGG